CCAGACAGCUCUGUGAUGGCUUUCCUCAGUCAAAAAGAAGGACUUUGGAUAGCUACUCCCCUUGCAUGGGGGUGAAAGGGUUUUCCCCAGAGCAUAGGGAUUUGAGUUUGAAGGCCUUCCCCCACAUCCUCCAAGAAAUGGGCUCUGUGGGAAUGCCAGUCCCCCAUGACCCUAUAGGGAAUGGAUUCAGUGAGGUGGUCCCAUGUUAAAGAGGAGCAGCCAGAACAAGUUAGCGUUGGAAGGGAGCCCUGUGCGGUGGUGAGGUGACCCUAAUCGUUACUUUGCCUGGGGCCCAGAAGCCUACUGUGUGGGUGGCAGUGAAGCCUGCACUGCUGUUGCUUGUGCUGUCCCUGAUCUGAGUAAAGCCAGACUCCAGAGCCACCACCCCAGCACUAAACACUAGCUUUUUAAAGAGCUCAGCUCCCAUUCAGAUAGCAAAAUAAGUGGCCAGGUUUGCAAGAUAGCUCAGCAUGUUGUACACUGCUCACUUCUGAAAAUCUGGCUAUAAGCAUCACUGAGGAAGCAUCAAGGCUCAGCAUUCUUGAAAAUAUGGCCCUUAUUAGUUGCCUAAACAGGAGCUGAGCUAUUCUGAAAAUGUGGCCCUACAGUCACUAUUUAAAUAUUUUAAAAGAAAUUGGUGAAACCCCUGCUUUCUCUGACUGAUUCAGAGUAGUGAUCAGCAGAUGUUACAUGCUAAACUGGGGGCAGUGGGAGGAGUUAGUGGUGCAGGAGGAGAGUCCUCUGAUUGAGAUAUAAAUAGUAGUAUGCCACUUAUGUUUGGAAGUCGCAUGUAAAUAACUUGACAUGUUGAGAGAAGCGGACUGGUGAAGGAGAGUGGGCAGCAAAGCACCUUUCAGGAGGAACUGCUGGGAUCAGUUUUAGAGGAGGAACCAGGAAUCUGUCUGUUUCAUUCCAAAGGAAUGCAUGCAGAGUGUUCUUGUUCUCCCAGUCUGUAUUCCUACAGAAGAGAAGCCUGAACCUGAUGCCUGACAGUGCCACUGCUUCUCCUGCUGUUCUCAGAAUUCAGGCUCCACUGUGGGGCACAUUUGCAAGGAGCCUGCAGCAAAAGCCAUGGCUCCCCUACAGCAGGGGAUUUUGAUCAAAGGGGGGAGAGUGGUGAAUGAUGACUACUCGCAGUUGGCUGAUGUGUAUGUGGAGGAUGGAAUAGUGCGGGCAGUGGGACCACACCUGCAGCCUGAGGCACCUGCUGGGCUCCUAAUUAUAGAUGCUUGCAACAGACUGGUGCUGCCUGGGGGGAUUGAUACCCACACACACAUGCAGUUCCCCUUCAUGGGCACCCAGUCCAAAGAUGACUUCUACCAGGGAACAAAGGCUGCUCUAGCAGGAGGCACCACUAUGAUCAUCGACUUUGCAAUACCUCAGAAAGGCUGUUCCCUUGUUGAAGCCUAUGACACAUGGAGAAACUGGGCAGAUCCUAAAGUCUGCUGUGAUUAUGCACUGCAUGUAGCAGUUACAUGGUGGAGCAGCAAGGUCAAGGAAGAAAUGAGAAUUCUUGCUGAAGACAAAGGGGUCAACUCCUUCAAGAUCUUUAUGGCCUAUAAAGAUCUGUAUAUGGUUGGAGAUAGUGAACUAUAUGCAGCUUUUUCCCAGUGUAAGCAAAUUGGAGCGAUUGCUCAGGUGCAUGCAGAGAAUGGGGAUUUGAUUGCAGAGGGUGCAAAGAAGAUGUUAGCACUGGGGAUAACUGGCCCUGAGGGACAUGAACUGAGUCGUCCUGAAGAGGUGGAAGCAGAAGCGACACUGAGAGCAAUCACCAUAGCAAACUCAGUGAACUGCCCUCUUUAUGUAGUUCAUGUAAUGAGCAAAUCUGCAGCAAAGGUGAUAGCUAAUGCACGAAGAGAAGGGAAGGUAGUAUAUGGGGAACCUAUUGCUGCUAGUCUUGGUACAGAUGGCACUCACUACUGGCAUAAAGAAUGGCAUCACGCCGCAGGACAUGUCAUGGGACCUCCACUGAGGCCAGACCCUUCAACACCUGAUUUUCUCAUGAAUUUACUAGCCAAUGAUGACCUAACUGUGACAGGGACUGACAACUGCACCUUCGACAUCUGCCAGAAAGCUCUGGGGAAGGAUGAUUUCACCAAGAUCCCUAAUGGGGUGAACGGUGUAGAGGACAGGAUGUCUGUCAUAUGGGAAAAAGGAGUGCACAGUGGUAAAAUGGAUGAAAACAGAUUUGUAGCUGUUACCAGCACAAAUGCAGCUAAAAUCUUUAACCUUUACCCAAGGAAGGGAAGAAUUGCUGUGGGUUCUGAUGCUGACAUUGUUAUUUGGGACCCAAAAGCUACAAGGACUAUAUCUGCAAAGACACAUCACCAUGCCAACAAUUUCAAUAUAUUUGAAGGAAUGAUCUGCCAUGGGCUCCCAGUUGUGACAAUUUCAAGAGGCAAAGUGGUGUAUGAAGGUGGAGUUUUCAAUGUCACAGCAGGAGACGGAAAAUACAUUACACGUAAACCAUUCCCUGAAUAUGUCUACAAAAGAAUCAAGCAGCAGGAUGAGCAGUUUCUGGGAAAGCAUGUGCUGCAGAAAGCUUGGGAGAGUGGUGAACCCAGCAAACCUUCUGUCAUGCAUGGAGCCAUUGGGUCCCAACUUUGAAGUGUUAGGGACCAGCAGAAGCUUUCAUGAGGUGUGGGAGCAUUUUUGUCUCCACCUUGCUUCCAUGUAUGGAUCAAGCAGGAGAGGAAGUCAGCUCAGAAGUUGAUGGUGUUUGCCACCCAUCUAUGAAUACUGCAGCUUUAACAGAAGUGGCCUGGUAGGGGCUGUGAUGCUAGAUCUGACAGCUAAGAAUCAUGACUUCUGCUUUAAAAACAGUCCCAGAGUCACUUACUGGCUUGUGUGAGAAAUAAGCUUCUGGAAGGCCAAUAAAGUCCUAUGCCUAUGGAUAACAAUGUAGAGAUAUCUCAGCAGGGUGGUCAAUAGGGACAUUCAGGAGGAACUAAGUUGGAUUCCCACUACUCAGAUUAACUUUGAGAUGGCAGAGGGAGCAGGGCAAUUUAUCCAUACAGUAUUGCUGAAAUGUUUGUUAUGACUCUCUUCAUCUCUAAUGAGUGGAAACUUCAAACAUGUGUGGAACCUGCAGAUUUUUGCAAUCUGCCGUACUCUGUGGCUCCUGCUGUCAGCCACAGAGCCACUACAUUUUCUUAUUAACAUCUUUUGCUAUUUGCCAGGGUUUUCAAAUGUCCUUUGGGCUCAGGAGUUGUCUGAGGUGGCCCUGCUGAGAUCAGAAGGCUGCAAAUCAUGACAGGAAUUGUUAGUGAUUUUUCCAGAAACUGCUGUUUUCACAGUAUGAUACAGAAAGUAGUUUUAUGAAUCAUAUAAAAAUGUAUGUAAACUGAGCUCUCCAAACCAUGAAAGUAUAUUAUCUGUGAAAAAUAUAUAGUCUUUGUAGGCUCCUUGCACAUAUUUUUAUGGCAGGAGAAAUAAGAAACCUACAUUUCAUAUCUUUACCACAAAACUUGCAUUUCUAUUUGGAUUUCUUCAGUUUUAUGCCAGAGUUUGUACUCCUUAAAGGAGGAAGCCUUGGGUUAUUGGUAACUAAUGAAGGGAUGAGAUGUCUAUUAAUUUAUAUAUGUUUUAAAUGUAAUUAGCUUUUUAACUAAUGUAUAGAUUUCAUGAAUACCAAACUAUGCUUUUAUUCACAGACUGUAACUGGGUUUUGCCCUUAUGUAUGAUUUUUAGAUACAAGAAAAUUUAUGAUUUACUGCAAGUUAGUUAGGUCAUCUCAUUUCCUGUGCUAAAUGGUCAUUUUCCCAUUGCAGAUACAGAUACUAAGGCACUAAUAAUAGGAUCUUAGAAAUUAGGGCUGGAAGGGACCUUGAGAGGUCAUCUAGUCCAGCCCUCUGCACUGAGGAAUGACCAAGUAAACCUAGACCAUCCCUGACAGGUGU